GACAGAGAGAGAGAGAGAGAGAGAGAGAGAGAGAGAGAGAGAGAGAGAGAAAGAGACAGAGAGAGAGAGUUUUGGAAAUGUGUUAGUCAGUCAGAAGGAGCGGCGGUCGCGCUUGACGUUGUGUGGCUCAGGAGGGGGAAAAACAGCGAAUCUAGCGAGCGAGCGAGAGAGAGAGAGAGAGAGAGAGAGAGAGAGAGAGAGAGAGAGAGAGAGAGGAAGUGUUUAUUUAACCUGUGUCAUGGUGGGACAGAGAUAGAGGUGUGCAUGAGUCAGUGUGCCACUGCUGUAGCUUAAUGCCUGGGACUGGGAGUCCUUCUCUGCUCGCUGCCCUCGCAGGAAAAGCCCCGCACCACAGAGGGACUGGUGGUCAGUGGAAGACCCUGGACAUGCUCUAAAAACAGGAGAGAGGGAGAUUGGGGUAGAUAGAGAGUGUGGAGGAAAGGUAAACAGAGAGAGAGAGAGAGAGAGAGAGAGAAGAAAGAAGCAGAAGGAAGCUGGAAGAAGGAGAGGAAGUGGCAUGAGUAAGUGACAGAAGGAGAAGACAGGUCAUUUUGAGGAGUACCGGAGAUCAGCGUGAGAUUGGCUCCUGCGUGAACUCAACCUACGGGCACAAACACGUUUCGGCGUGACAGGGGCGUAAGCGUAGUCGGUACACACACCUGCCCACCCCAGCCAACGGUAACAAAGAACUUGCAGAAACAGCGUGAGGAGGACAGGAACAUAGAGACAGGAAAAAGAGGAGGAGGAGGAGGAGAGGAAGAGGAAGAUGAGGUACCGCGCAAGGGAGGUGGGGGUGGAUGGUGGAGUGAGGUUGGUGAUGGAGAGUGCUCUGACAGCGAGGGACCGGGUGGGGGUGCAGGACUUCCUGCUUCUGGAGAACUACACCAGCGAGGCGGCCUUCAUCGAGAACCUGCGCCGACGCUUCCGCGAGAACCUGAUCUACACGUACAUUGGUUCGGUGCUGGUGUCGGUGAACCCGUAUAAGGAGCUGGAGAUCUACUCACGCCAGCACAUGGAGCGGUACAGAGGAGUCAACUUCUACGAGAUCUCCCCUCACAUCUUUGCGCUUGCGGAUAACUCGUACCGGGCGCUGCGUACGGAGCGGCGGGACCAGUGCCUCCUGAUCUCGGGGGAAAGCGGCGCGGGCAAGACGGAGGCCUCCAAGAAGAUCCUGCUCUACUACACCACCAUGUGCCCCGCACGCCACAACAACGCCUCCAUCCGUGAGAGGCUGCUGCAGUCCAACCCUGUGCUGGAGGCUUUCGGGAAUGCCAAGACUCUUCGCAAUGACAACUCGAGCCGGUUUGGAAAGUACAUGGACAUCCAGUUUGAUUUCAAGGGCUGUCCUAUCGGCGGCCACAUCCUGAACUACCUGCUGGAGAAGUCCCGUGUGGUGCACCAGAGCCACGGCGAGAGGAGCUUCCACGUGUUCUACCAGCUCCUCGAGGGAGGAGACGAGGACGUGCUCAAGAGGUGCGGCCUGGACCGCAACCCCCAGCACUACCACUACCUGGUCAAGGGAAGUUGUCCUCGAGUGAGUUCCAUCAAUGACCGGAAUGACUGGAGAACAGUGACUAAAGCCCUGACCAUCAUUGGCUUUAAUGAGGCAGAGGUGGAGAACCUGCUGGAUGUUGUUGCCAGUGUUCUUCACCUGGGAAAUACUCAGUUUGGCGAGGAUGAAGAUGGAGAGACACAUAUCACCACGGAGACGCAGCUCAAGUACCUGACUAAGCUGUUAGGAGUGAAUGGGUCAGCACUGAGUCAAGCCCUUACCCACAGGAAAAUCACCGCCAAAGGAGAGGAGAUGGUUAGCCCACUGAACCUAGAGCAGGCAAUGUCAUCUCGUGAUGCCUUGGCCAAAGCGGUGUAUGGACGCACCUUUACCUGGCUAGUGGCGAAAAUCAACCAAUCACUGGCUUUCAAGGAUGAUAUGUAUUAUUCUGGAAAGUGUUCCUCUGUGAUCGGACUGCUUGACAUCUAUGGAUUUGAGGUCUUUCAGAUCAACAGCUUUGAGCAGUUCUGCAUAAACUACUGCAAUGAGAAACUGCAGCAACUGCUCAUCGAGCUCACACUGAAGAGUGAACAGGAGGAGUAUGAAGCCGAGGGGAUCGCGUGGGAGCCUGUGAACUACUUUGACAAUAAGAUCAUAUGUGACCUGGUGGAGGAGAAGCACAGAGGCAUCAUUGCUAUUCUGGACGAGGAGUGCCUCAGGCCGGGAGAUGCGAGUGACAUCACCUUUCUGGAGAAGAUGGAGGACACCCUUGGAGGCCAUGCUCAUUUCGUCACUCACAAGCUGGCCAAUGGGAAGACUCGCAAAGCAGUUGGCAGGGAGGAGUUCCGACUACUGCACUAUGCUGGAGAGGUGAACUACAAUGCCAAUGGGUUUUUGGACAAAAAUAACGAUCUCCUCUACAGAAACCUCAAGGAGGUCAUGUGCCAGUCAGAGAAUCCGAUCAUGAGUCAGUGCUUCCAUCGAGAGGAGGUGAUUGAUCAGAAACGGCCUGAGACGGCCGCUACCCAGUUCAAGCUCAGUCUGGCGAAGCUGAUGGAGAUCCUCAUGUCAAAGGAGCCCUCCUACAUGCGCUGCAUCAAACCCAACGAUGGCAAACAGCCAGGUCGUUUUGAUGAGGCGUUGGUGCGGCACCAGGUGAAGUACCUGGGCCUAAUGGAGAGUCUGAGAGUCCGGAGAGCAGGCUUUGCUUACCGUCGCCAUUACCAGGCUUUCCUACAGAGAUAUAAGUCCCUCUGUCCGGACACCUGGCCAAGCUGGCAGGGGCAUCUGGCCGACGGUGUGGCGACUCUGGUCAAACAUCUGAACUACAAGCCAGAGGAGUACAAACUGGGAAAGUCCAAAAUCUUCAUCCGUGUCCCAAAGACACUCUUCAUCACCGAGGAUGCGCUGGAGGCCAGGAAGCCCAGCCUGGCCACCAUUUUGCAGACCUCCUGGAGGGGCUACAGAGAGAGGGCCAAGUACCACCGCACCAGACAAGCAGUGGUCACCAUCCAGUCAUGGUGGAGAGGGGUCAAAGGGCGCAGGAAGGCCAAGCGUCGCAGACAAGCAGCGGACACCAUACGCAGCCUCAUCAAAGGCUUCAUCCUGAGGGAUGAGCCUCGGGGCGCGGAUAACGAGUACUUCCUGGAUCACGUGCGUUUCUCCUUCCUCAUGACCUUGAAGAGGAACCUGCCCAAGAGCGUGCUGGUCAAGAGCUGGCCCCAACCCCCCACGGCGCUUACAGAGGCUUCAGAACACCUGCACAGACUCUUCAUCCGCAACAUGGUACGGGACUACUGCAGAAGAGUACAGCCGGAAUGGAAAAAUCAGAUGGAGCAGAAGGUGAUAGCCAGUCAGAUAUUCCAGCACCAGAAAGACUGUUACCCCCAGAGUGUGCCAAAGCUGUUUGUGGGCACUAGACUGGAGGCAGAGCAGAUCAACCUGAAGGUGGUCCAGACUCUGGGCAAUGACAGGAUGAAGUAUGGCGUGCCCAUCACCAAGUAUGACCGUCACGGUUUCCGGCCGCGCGCGCGCCAGCUCCUGCUGACCGGCUCGGCCGUGGUGGUGGUGCAGGAGGCCAAGGUCAAGCAGCGCAUCGACUACGGCUCGCUGCUCGGCAUCUCUGUGAGUUCUCUGUCAGACGGUUUCUUUGUUCUCCAUGUGCCCACCACAAACACCAAACAGAAGGGAGACCUGGUGGUGCAGUGUGACCAUGUGAUCGAGGCGGUCACCAAAAUCGCCAUCAUGGCUGACAAGAUCCAUAACGUCAACGUCAGCGAGGACAGUAUUAAGUUUGCUGUGGCCCGAGGAAAGGAGGGCGUGAUUGACUUCACGUGCGGAGCAGAGCUCAGGGUGGUCAAGACCAAAGGUGGACACUUGGCCGUGACGGCCCCUCGCCUCAACCCAGCUCCAAAAUGAUGAUGAGGAGGAGGAUGAAGAUCAGCUAAUGCCAGCUUGCGGUGAUCAGUAAUAGUGGACCAAUGAUUUUACAGGAAGAUAACCUGCUUUAGCCAAUCACAAGCACAAAGCCACAUUUUAUUUUUUUGUUUGAUUUUUUUUAUUGUGAAAUUUUACACAUCCAUAAAAUGCACUUGGCUUCAGUUAAGCAUCACUUCUUAAUUUAAUACAAAAUCUCAUCUAAUCUCAUUUGCUUUGCUUUAUUUUCAGUAAAACAAUCAAAACACUAAAAUUACAUAACCACUGAAUGUAUAACUUGAAAAGACUCAUGAGGAGUGUGACCACCUAACAAAUGUAACCUUUAUUUUACAGUAUUUGCCAUUGCACCAACACACUCCAAAGAGCAGGACAUGAUUUUUUUUUUUUUUCACAUUUGUUUUGGUGGUGUUCGAUCACACUUUCUGGUUAAGGUUUUAAAAAGAUCGACCAAUUGAUGAUGAUGAUGAUGAUGAUGAUGAUGAUGAUGAUGAUGAUGGCAUUUCUUAAAAGUUGGAUCAACAACAAUGGAUCAUCUAAAGAUGGCUGUAAUACCAUAGCACAGUUGUUUGGAAACAAAGCCCUGUAAGUCCACAGUAUGGAAUCAUGAGAUGUUAUGAGGUUAGAGUUUAAAAUGUUUGAUUGCAUAACAAGUUUCUUUGUGUUAAUGUUCUUCAUUUCAUUUUCAAACAAUCUUACUUACCAAAUAAGGAUGAUUACUAAUGUAAUUGCAAACACAAUGCCAUUUAUUUCAAUGUUCCCAAAAACUGUUUACUCCCGCUGAUGCUUUAGUCUUAAUCAUUUGUUACAAAAUACGCCUGAAAACAUUUCACAUCAAAUCCUCAUGUCUUUCACUGUAAAUGUUUUAGAAAUAUGAAGUAUUACUGAAACCUGAAUGUUCAAAUGGUAUAACACCUUUUCUCUGUUAGAUGUCAUAUUUACUUCAGUGACCUCAUUUUACCCAUUUGGAUUUAAAAGGCAAGUCCAGACAAGUUAAGACAAGUUCAUAGGCUUCCUUGUGAGUCUUUAUUGAGUCACUUACAGCAGUGGGUCACAUUUCAUAUGAAUCACUUUUUUUUUUUUUUUUGGUAAUGUAAACAAAAUGACGAAGAUAAAUGAUACUGUAACAAUACUUUUAACAGAGUAACCAAAAAACAAACAGCAAUAAAUAAAUGUUGAUUGAAAAAACA